ACACAGAUCACUGCUCACUUUCAUUGGUCAAGGUUUUUACAUACGGUUCCAGUUCGAAAAACGAAGAAUAAACAGAGCUUUGAAGAAGGCUGCAGAAUAAUUUCAUAAAUUAAAAAUAUUAUGAAUCCUUUGAAAGCUCUUUGUGUGGUAGCCCUGCUGGCUAGCGCCGUUUGUGGCAAUCACCAUGAACACAAGUCAUCGAAUUCUCUGAAGCCCUCGCAAUGGUUGUCUCGCUCCCAGCUGGAGAAGAUACCCGCUUUGGAUGAUGUUUCCAUCAAGAAUUUGGAGAGUAUGCCUCUGGAACAGGGUGCCAAGUUGCUGAAGACCAUUUACCAUGUCUCCCAAAUCAACAGCCCCUUGCCCAAAUCCUAUGCCCCCAAUCCCAGCAGUGUUCCCGUCUACAUCGUAAAAUCCAAUGGCCAAAAGGAAUCCACCACUUUGGACAAAUUCGCCGAAAGUGCCAAUCAACAACCCAACUUCGGCAAACAGGAGGUGACCAUUUUUAUUACCGGUCUGCCCUCCAGCAGCUGUGAAUCGGUUGAGAAGGCCAAUCAAGAACUUGUCCAAGCCUACAUGGAACAUUACAAUGUCCAGAGACAAAAACCUCGCUCAUAUGACUAUGACAGCAGUGAGAAGAAGACUUCCACCCGUCGUGACUAUGAUGAUUUUGAAUGGGAAACACCCAAACAUGCCUCCGGAAGUUUGGUGGUCAUCGACUUGGGUGAAAAAUUGCAGAACCUGAAACAACACGCCAUGUUGAGCGUCUCCGAAGUUGGUGCCAAGAUUGCCCGCGAAAUCACCAAAUUGGACUGCCGCAAGGACAUCAUUCACAUUGUUGCCCAAAACUCUGCCGCCCAUGUGGCCGGUGAAUGUGGCAAGGAAUUCAAACGCUUGACUGGCAACAAAUUGUACCGCAUCACCGCCUUGGACCCCGCAAAAUUGCACUCCGAAGAUCCCGAAAAAUUGAGCGGUUUGGCCCGUGGUGAUGCCAUCUUUGUCGACGCCAUCCAUACCUCUGCCCAUGCCAUGGGUACUCCAGCCCGUGUUGCCAAUGCCGAUUUCUACCCCAAUGGCCCCUCUGAAGGUGUUCCCGGUGCUAACAAUGUUGUUGAGGCCUGCAUGCGUGCCACACGCUACUUCGCCGAAUCUGUACGCCCUGGCAAUGAACGCAACUUCCCUGCCGUUGAAUCCAACUCCCUAAAGAGCUACAAGAACAAAGAGGGUUAUGGCAAACCCGUGUACAUGGGUAUCGAAUGCGACGAUGAUGUCGAAGGUGAUUACAUUUUGGAAGUUGACUCGACCAAACCAUUCGGUAAACGUACCUCUGCCAAGAAAUUCAAGUCAGAAGAAUAUGCUUCCCCUUCCUCCUCCAAGUCUUGGAAAAAAUCCUAUUCAUCUUCCUCUGAGGAAAAUUAAGGGAUUGGCACAAGAGGUGAACGCUUUUACAAUGAGAUACCUGGACAAGUGAUCUGUUUUAUCUGAAAGAUUCUGACCGAUGUAUUUAGUUCUUUAGUUUAGUAGUAUUGCCCCGCAUUUGUUUCGUGUAAUGGAUAAUGAUGUUCGGAAAAUUUUGAAAAAAAUAUAACAAAACUUAUGCAUUUUUAUUAAAAAUAAA